AUGAGGAGGAGCAGACAGGAGGAGCAGACACAUGAGGAGCAGACACAUGAGGAGCAGACACAUGAGGAGCAGACACAUGAGGAGCAGACACAUGAGGAGCAGACACAUGAGGAGCAGACACAUGAGGAGCAGACACAUGAGGAGCAGACACAUGAGGAGGAGACACAUGAGGAGCUGACACAGGAGGAGCAGACACAUGAGGAGCUGACACAUGAGGAGCAGACACAUGAGGAGCAGACACAUGAGGAGGAGACACAUGAGGAGGAGACACAUGAGGAGCAGACACAUGAGGAGGAGACACAUGAGGAGGAGACACAUGAGGAGCUGACACAUGAGGAGCAGACACAUGAGGAGGAGACACAUGAUGAGCAGACACAUGAGGAGCAGACACAUGAGGAGCAGACACAUGAGGAGCAGACACAUGAGGAGCAGACACAUGAGGAGCAGACACAUGAGGAGGAGACACAUGAGGAGCUGACACAUGAGGAGCUGACACAUGAGGAGCUGACACAUGAGGAGCAGACACAUGAGGAGGAGACACAUGAGGAGCUGACACAUGAAGAGCAGACACAUGAGGAGGAGACACAUGAGGAGCUGACACAGGAGGAGCUGACACAUGAGGAGCAGACACAUGAGGAGGAGACACAUGAGGAGCUGACACAUGAAGAGCAGACACAUGAGGAGGAGACACAUGAGGAGCAGACACAUGAGGAGCAGACACAUGAGGAGGAGACACAUGAGGAGCAGACACAUGAGGAGCAGACACAUGAGGAGCAGACACAUGAGGAGCAGACACAUGAGGAGCAGACACAUGAGGAGCAGACACAUGAGGAGGAGACACAUGAGAAGCAGACACAUGAGGAGGAGACACAUGAGGAGCAGACACAUGAGGAGGAGACACAUGAGGAGCAGACACAUGAGGAGCAGACACAUGAGGAGCAGACACAUGAGGAGGAGACACAUGAGGAGCAGACACAUGAGGAGCAGACACAUGAGGAGCAGACACAUGAGGAGCAGACACAUGAGGAGCAGACACAUGAGGAGCAGACACAUGAGGAGGAGACACAUGAGAAGCAGACACAUGAGAAGCAGACACAUGAGGAGGAGACACAUGAGGAGCAGACACAUGAGGGGGAGACACAUGAGGAGGAGACAGGAGGAGGAGACACAUGCGGAGCAGACACAUGA